GCAGUGGUCCACCCACAAAACCCUGUGGAUUCCGCAACCUCUCUAGAGAAGCAAAGACUCCUUACAUCCCCCAUUUAAAUUUCUCAGUGGCAAAUUCCUUGCAAGCUAUAUCGGAAAUGGAGGAAGCGGACCCACAACAAGAGCUCAAAUCACAGGCCCAGAUCUUCAACCACAUCUACAGCUUCGUCAAUUCACACGUUCUCAAGUGUGCGAUCGAGCUGGGCAUCUUCGACACUAUCCAUGGCUCCAAAGGAGGAAAGCCCAUGACCCUCUCCACCCUAGCAACUACAAUCCCCUUAAAUUCCAUCAACACACGCAACUUACACCGUCUAAUGGUGUAUUUGGUACACAUGGGCCUGCUACAAAAAAAUGUUACACUUGAAGAAGAUGAGUUUUCACUAACUCAGUUAGGUGAAUUCCUAGUAAAAGAUGGUGAGAAGAGCCUUGUCAAUUGGGCUUUAGCGAUCAUCAAUGAGGCGGUCGGCAUGGGCUGCUGGCAUCAUUUGAGCCGUUGUUGUUCCUUGGAGAGCGGUGGGCCCACGCUGCUCGAAGAGAUGCAUGGGAUGAGUGCUUGGGAGUAUGUUGGAAAGAACCCAGAAGUUAACCGGCUCAUCAACGAUGCGAUGGCGAGCGACACUAAGCUGGUCAUGCCAGCCUUCAUACAAGGUUGUGGUCAUGUUCUUGAGGGAAUUGGAUCUUUGGUCGACCUUGGCGGAGGUACUGGCAUGGCUAUGAAUAUGGUAGCAGAGGCCUUCCCACAUUUGAAAUGCACUGUCUUUGAUCUCCCUCAUGUAGUAGAGACCGCACCGGCAUAUCCUAAUGUGUCCUUUGUUGGAGGAGACAUGUUUGAGUUUGUACCAAACGCAGAUGCAAUUUUGUUAAAGUUUAUGCUUCAUAACUGGCAAGACGACGGAUGCAUUAAGAUUCUGAAGAAAUGCAAGGAUGCAAUCCCAAAAGUAGGAGGAAAGGUGAUGAUAGUGGAAAUCAUCUUGGACUUGGAAGACGAUGAUGAAGAUUUGAUUCGAAGUAAACAUAGUCUUGACCUUGACAUGAUGGUGGCCACAGGUGGUAAGGAGAGGACUGAAGAAGAAUGGAAAGUGCUCAUCAACAGUGCUGGCUUUAGUGGCCUUGAGAUAGUUCCCAUCAUGGCCAUUCAAUCAGUAAUCAUGGCAUAUCCUUAGGGCAUGUUUGGUAGACACCUAGAAAUGAACUUUGUAGACACGCGUUGCUCUCGGGAAUAAAUUACCAAAAUGGGCCAUUUUGGUAA